GGAGGCGCAUUUUCUCAAUUCGUCAGACACUAAGCAUCUGCCUCUCAGAUCUUUUCUGAAUCUUCUGAGAGAACUUGGCACUGAAGGAACCCGGUGACGCGACUGACCGAAACUCACGGCAAUCUGGGAGUUUUCACGUAGCAAUACAAGUCCUGCUCCACUAAUCUCUCCAAAUAACGCAGGCAAAGCGAGGACUAUCUCGCUCUCUCUGAACCCUGCCCUUACUACAGUUCUCGAGAAGAAACACUCGAGGCGCAAGAAACAUCAGCGGAACUUGAAGAAGCCACGCAAAUCAGAAAAUAGGCAGUGUUAGCUCUUGAAGGUUUGCGGCAUAGCGGGGCUCUGGGUGGGUUCCGGGGUGUUGGAACGCGCGGAAGCAUGCACGGAGGAGAUGUUGUCGUGGCGCUGCUCCUGGCGGUGGUGGUCGUGGUGAGCUGUGCGGCUCGGGGAGGGAAGGCGAACCGGAGAGUGUGUGCAGAUCUUCCCGAGGAGAUUCUGGAGCAGAGGUUCGGUCGCCUUUCUGUCGGAGUUCUCAGCGCUUUCCAUCACACACUCCAACUCACAGCAGAGCCUCAGAACUUGAGCUGCUCCUCAGCUGGUGUCCUGCAGCCCGUCCAGAGGUCCAGCAUUCCUGUGAAUCUGCGUAGUCUUUCACCGUGGGCGUACAGAUUGAGACACGACCCAGCCCGUUAUCCGCGCUUCAUUCCGGAAGCGUAUUGCCUGUGUAAGGGCUGUCUGAUGGGACCGAGCGGUGAGGAGAGUCAGGAGUACCGCAGCGUUCCGGUGCUCGUGCCCACCGCCGUGCUGCGCCGCGCAGGCUCGUGCGUUGGAGGCCGCCGCUCCUACACCGAGAGCUACGAGUCCAUAUCGGUGGGCUGCACAUGUAUCCCAGCACUAAAGCCCGAGAAGAGCCCACGCAGAGCCGUCCAAAACUCCAACAGACGAACAAAAAAAGUCAUAAACUAAACCAUUAAAACGCACAAAGUGCACACAAAUGUGUUUUUUUUUUUUUUGGUUUUUUUUUAAAGGCUUGUUUUUGGUGGAACCUGGUGCGUUAUUGUGUAGCCAAGUUACUAAAACAUUUAUCACAAUGUUUUAUCCAUUAUAAUGCUGCUGAAAGAAUGAUCCAAUCAGAUCUGACUGCACUGUACAGCUGAUAGGAAUAUGAGUGUAGGCUUCCCUGGCAUCUUCCUGAUCAGAAUAACUUUGUCUACAUGCAUGCAUAUGAUUAAGCUCUUUUUCUAUUUAUUCAAAGUGUAAUAAUUAUAAUAUGUGUUGGAAUUGUUUUGAAUGUGAUGUGUUUUGAGAAAAUAUAGAGGCUGAUUUGAUUGGUUGACUGAUUUAAAAAGAAGAAGAAGAAAACAGUUUAUAACAGUUUUGACAACAGUGCUAGCCUAGAUUCGCCAUGUUAAGCAUCACAAAUGUAUUUUCUUCCACAGAGACAAGAUGCUAUUGUUUAUAAGUUGUACAACCCCAAUUCCAGAGGUUGGGCCGCUGUGUAAGACGUGAAAUAAAAACAAUGCAACGAUUUGCUAAUCUCAUCAACGGAUAUGUUAUUCGCAGUAGAAUAUAGAAAACGUAUCAAAUGUUUAAACCGAAGAGAUGUACCAUUUUAGGGG